AACCAGCUAAAAGCCCAGCAGCAGAGGGGACCAGCUUCCCAGGAGCUCACAGCCUUGAAGACAGAGAACGCCAAUGCCACCCAGUUGACGGAGGAUGGGAAGGAGAAGGCAGCACUGCAAGAGGAGCGGACAGAGAUCACGAGACUCCUCCAAGGCCAGGAGGAGGAGGAGGAGCAGCUGCGGGAUGCCAGCCGGGCAGGCAUCACGAGAAUCACCCGGGACAACAACCUCCAGGUGGAAAAGGGAAAAGACCUGGAGCUGGAGGAGCAGUUUGAUGCCCUGAGGAGAGAGCACACAGAGACCCUGCAAGAGCUCCAGAGAGCACAUGAGCAGGAGAAGCUGAUGCUGGCAGAGUCCCACCACAGGUCCCAGGCAGCCUUACAGGAAACCAUCCAGGCACUGAAUUCCCAGCUGAAGUCCUUCCAGGAGAGGAUGAAGCGGGUGGAGGAGUCACUUUUGAGCACAGACUACAAGAAGCACAUCCAGGAGCACGGGAGCCCCAGCCCCUUCUGGGAACAGGAGCUGGAGAGCCUACACUUUGUCAUUGAGAUGAAGAAUGAGCACAUCCACAGCAUGGACGGGGCUGGUGGGCGUUUUGCCUGGUGGCCCCGGCAUCAUGUGCCAUUUGCCCGCAGGCAGCUGUCAGAGGAGCUCCUGGCUGCUCGCGGGGCUCUGGAGAAGGAGGCACAGCUGCGGGAACAGACCCGUCACGAGAAGCAGGAGCUGCUGUACCCCCCGCUCAACGGGGGGGAUGGUCCCCCUUUUCCUGCUGCUUCCCUCAUUUCAUUCAUUUCAAUGAGCUCCCAGCACAGGGUGGACCCCGACCCUCCUGCAACAGCCGCUUCCGUCCUUUGUGCUCAUUCUUAUCGGGAAAACAGCAGCUGA